GCGCCUGCAUGGUAACUGCGAUAAGCACAAUCGGGGACGUGAAUAAGCCGACCCACCCACCCAGCAAUGAGAUCAUCGCCUGUUCCCCUCUCACUUCUCACAGUAUAAGUCAAUCGACUCACCUCUCUUUCUGUUUCCCUCCAUCAACAUUCAUUGCUUAUCAUCCCCCACAAUGGCCGCUCUCAAAGGUUUACGCUCUACCUACCGCCUGAACUCCGGCCAUGAGAUUCCGAUCCUAGGAUACGGGGUCUACCUGAUCCCCCAGUCGCAAACGGAGAAACCCACCCUGGAAGCACUCAAAAUUGGCUACCGUCAUGUCGAUUCAGCAAUCAUGUACCGCAAUGAGAAAGCAUGCGGCCGUGCCAUUGCAAAUUCAGGCCUGGACCGGUCGGAGAUCUUUUUCACCACCAAGAUUCCGCCAGAGAAGAUGGGCUACACCAGCACCAAGAAGGCGAUUGACUCCAGCCUGCGGGAAGCGGAGCAGGAGUACUUUGACCUCAUCCUGAUCCACGCCCCUUAUGGCGGAAAGGAGGGCCGUCUGGGCUCCUGGCGUGCGUUGGUGGAGGCGCAGAAGGCCGGCAAGACGAAGUCGAUUGGUGUGUCGAACUACGGCAUCCACCAUCUUGAGGAGCUGGAAGAGUACAUCAAGAGUGGCGGAGGCGGACAGAUCGAUGUCGGUCAGUACGAGCUUCACCCCUGGUGUGACCGCCCGGAGAUUGCGGCGUGGCUCCAGAAACGCAACAUCGUCGUCGAAGCCUAUUCGCCCUUGGCGCAUGGGACGCGGAUGGGUGAGCGUUUGCUGAAGGAGCUGGGGAAGAAGCACGGCAAGUCUCCGGCUCAGAUCAUGAUUCGGUGGGGAUUGCAGAAGGGCUUUGUUCCCCUUCCCAAGUCGGUGACACCCAGUCGCAUUAAGGAGAACGCGGAGGUGUUCGACUUCGAGCUAUCGGAGGAGGACAUGAAGGCGCUUCAGACGGGCAUCUACUCGCCGACAGACUGGGACCCGACGGUGGACUAUGACUAGAUGAUUGAAGGUGUGCCGAGUGGAUGAAGCAUAAUAUGUAGCGUAACUACCGUAAGAUAGAUAGCAAAGCAAAGCAAAGCAAGAAAGGGAAGGCGGCGGGCCGAGACGAAGGGCCGAUCGGAAGAGGGUCGCCGUAGCCGUUCAGAAUUUCCAACCCCGCCCC